AUGUCCUUGAACGACUAUCCAGAUCAGGUUAAAUUUCAAGCAUUUAGCGUCGUAAUUAGUGCCACAAAAAUUGGUACGAAAAUGUUAAUUUAUUUAAAAUAUGACGUCAUGGAAAUGGUUAAUGAUAUAAUUGAAAAAGAAAAGGAAGUGUGGAGAUCAUCAAGUGAAGAAAUUCAUAAUCUUUAUCGAGCUAAAAUUCGCGUUUGCAAAGCUUAUGCGCUGACUUUGUGUGGAGCUACAGCUGUAACAGUAAGCUUUCUUCAAAUAACAGGUGCAUUUGCCAUGGUUGAAUUAAAACACCAGAACUUAAUACAUAAUCAGACCAUCGAGCCAAUCUUCAUGUACUUAACAAUUUUUCCAAAAGACAAACUUAGCAACCUGUAUCUAACAUUUAGCCUGCAAACAUUAUGGGCAUGGCUUGGCGUUAAUUUUAAUACCAUGACUCACCUGCUUUUUUUAACAUUGCUAACCUAUUCUGCUUCACAGUUGGAAAUUUUGCAAGUGAAACUUAGAAACUUUAUAGGACCUGAUGAUUUUAUUGCCGAUGUUAGCGAUGCACAAUACAAUGAGAAAAUAUCCAUUUUGAAGAACUUAAUUGAUGAACAUAAGUAUAUUAUCGGGUAA